UGAGCGCUCAGUCAGUCAGUCAGUUUGUUCCUGUGCCACAACAGCUGACUUCUAUCCUGAAUCCUGCAGAAAUAACAAUCCUCUCUGCUGCUUUGAUUUCCCACAGCAAUCACUUUUCUGGAUUCUCUGGAUUAGUUUGCUGCUUCUCUUUCAUUUGGGAGGUUGUUAUUGUUUUUUACUUUUUGUUCCUGUUCUAAGUGAAGCUGCAUCAGGCUUUUUUCUCAAAAGGUUCUGUGUUUUCCCAGUGAUGACCUCACUGCUCUUCCCUGGCAACGCCCACGCUGCAAUGAAGGACCGCUCCUCUUCCUCUUCUCCUCUCACCUCCUUGCUCCACUACCCUUCCUCCAAGACCUCCACCAUGCCUUUCUCUCCAUCAUCUGGUCCUGCCUCCUCGCCUGGGGCGUCUCUAUCAUCAUCGGCACCAUUAACCAAACCGCAGCCCUUCUGCCUCCAGACGGGACCACAUCUCAUCGCCAGCAUGCAGCUCCAGAAGCUCAACUCACACUAUCAGAACCUCGCUGGUGCUUCAGUUGGACACCCAGUACCCAGCGGGACCCAAAGAGGCUUCGGAGGCUCACAGCUGGCCACAGGAAACCAACUCCUGGGGCCUUCCGGAGGCUUUGGUGGAGGUGGGAUGGGUAUCAGCAUGGGGAACCAAGGCUCAGGCACAGCUGGAAUAAUUGACUUUGACCCGGUGGACGAGGAGGUUCUCAUGUCGCUAGUGGUGGAACUGGGUUUGGACCGUGCCAACGAGCUGCCUGAGCUCUGGCUGGGUCAGAACGAGUUUGACUUUGUGUCAGAUGUCCCCGCUGGGUGCUGACCGAAAAACUAAAGUCCUCCUGUUGCAGCAGCGGAGUCUUUCUCGCCUGGUUUGCUUUUUUCUUUUUCUUUUUUUUGUGCUCCGUUUCUUGGUUGAUUAAAUGAGGAUGAAGAUGUGUCAGAGGCAUUUUUUUUUUUCUUUCUUACUUUGCCUCUAUAUCAACGAUCUUUGGAUCGAGUUGAAUCAAAGAAAGUUGACUGUGACCUGUUUCUUGAAGUAAACCUUUGGAGUUACUCAGGCAUAAACGGAGCGUGGUUUCUUUGUUUGAUAUCGGCAUGAAAACUUCUAAUUUUUGCCCUUGUCCCUUGAGGAUUUUUGCUUUUCCUUUUGAAGAAGAAAAACUGAAGCCGAGCAGAAAAAAAGGAAUUCCUGCUGCUGGGCUCUAGAGACUUUUUUUAUUUUAUUUCCUCACCUGGUGUGACCUCUUGGAAACAAAAUGAUGGACACCUGUUGGAUUUGAUCCCUCAGAAAAUGAACACGGAGUGCUCAUAUACUUGCUUUAAGCUCGACAAACACCAAGUUUCCUGCUUUCUUAACAGACAAUAUUAGGCUCCGUCUCACAGGAAAGAAACUUCUUGUCUUUUGGCUUCACAAAGAAAGCGAUUGUGUGAGAACUUGUCUACUCGUUUUUCUUUCUUUUUGACUUUAGUUCAAGCAGCUGUAUUCAUAGAACAUGUUAUUUAAGACAGUGGCUGAUAUCCAUCAGGACUCUUGGACAAGGGCAGCUUCUGUAGUGCUUCUAUAAUCAGGUCUACGACAUAAUGAAUUAGAUCAAGGAAGGUCUUUGGAAUCUUUCGAGGCAUGAGACCUGAAUGGAGUAAGUUCUGUGUUGCUUCUAAAAAAAAAAAAAAAUCUAGACCACGAGUGUGUAGCCAUUAGAUAUACAGAUGGCUAAUAACUGGUUUCCUGACCAACUGUGCAAAGUUGCCAUCACUCAUUGGAGUAGCAACAUCAGUUUUAUCCGCACAUAAUGGCAUGAAGGGGAUCUUAAAUUAACUCGUGACGUAGCUACGCUUGUCAUAACCUGAUGAACAUAUGUACUAGCAGAGUGUUUCUUCACAAAGAAGCUUGAUUUUAAGCAAGCUACAUGCUAAUUAGCAAAGCUUGUGAGCCGUUAUAUAGAGUAGCUAGCACUUAUUGGUCAGAUUUGAAAAGGUUUCUACACCACAGCGACAGAAUCUGACAUGGCUAACAAGGAUAGCCGCCUCCAGUUUUCCCAUUGAAUAGUAUCAAAAUGACCUGCACUUCAGUAGCCACACAGACUAGCAUUUGAAAGUUCGCCAGUGUUGAGCUUGACGGUAAAUAUCUGUGCAUGCAUGUGUGCGUGCACUACGUGGGCAAUAUUUCACUUACUUGUAUGACUUUUCAGAUUGUAGCCAAUUGGACUGAAGAUAAAUUGCUGCGCUGGUAUUGGCAUAGGGCUCAGACUACAUUUAUGUAGGUGAGUGGCUCGAGUAGGCCAUCCCAGCUAGAUUAUAUAGACAAUAACUCAAACGCUAACAUCUUGGUAACUCGCCAAAUUAAAACAUCAUGAUGAAGUAAUUAGAAGGUGAACUUUGAUGACCCAAAUCAAUUGAAAAAGCAACUUUUGUUUUGCCUAAUGGCCUAUAGAUUCCUUUGUGACAUACUGGGUGGACAACAGAAAAUUAGGACCAGCUGCCUGCCUUCAUGCAAGCAUUGGUAAACAAGCUAGCAACCUCAGAGAGAAACAUGAUGCUCGCUACAUGGGUAAAUGCGGGGC